AUGCUUCUCGAUUUUACCUGGGACACUCUGGGGGGUGCAGUUAGCGUAUUUGGCUACGGCUUUGAACCGCUGCUCACUUUCCUCGGCACUUUGGUAUCAAUCUUUCGACUGGUGAACUUGCCCACGGAUCUGGCCGUCGACACGCCCAUCCUUUAUCACCAUUAUGACUACGUGAUCGUAGGCGGAGGCUCGGCGGGAUGCGUGCUAGCCAAUCGCCUGUCGGCCGACCCAACAAGAACGGUGCUGUUGAUCGAGGCCGGAGGAAUGGAGAACGCUUUCGCGCAGGUUCCGCUGUUCGCGCAGGUUCCGCUGUUCGCGCCGCUGCUCAUCGAGGACAGGUUCGACUGGAAAUACUUGCCUGAGCCACAGGAGCACGCCUGCCUUUCUAUGAAGGAUCAGCCCGGGAUAGACCUACCGACGGCUACGAGUUGGCCGGAUGAAGUGGACAAGCUCAAGGCGAAGCGGACUUCACGACGAUCUUUGAACAGCCGGAUCAUCAAGGAGGCAAGUGCCCUACUUCGCAACGACUCCGCAGCGCAUGAGCAGCUCGAUUCCAUCUACGAGAGGCUCAAAACGAACAACGAUGAGUUGAACAAAAUCAACAACGAAUUAGAGAGCGUCGUCACGGACGAGGACUUCCAAUCCAAGUACGAAACAAUUUUAGAGUAUGAAGACAACGCGACGCGCAUUCUCGCCGAACUCAUAAGCCGUCGGAACCGCAUUUCAAGCACACCAGCAGAAGAGGGAUCGGGGUCGGGGCCGGCUACCAAUGUGAUCGCUACACCAUCAGAGAGGACGGGAGCCAAGCUGCCGAAGCUCACGAUCGCGCCCUUUUCUGGAGAUAGGUGUCCGUGGGCACGCGGAAAAGCCUUGGGAGGCUCGAGCGCCAUAAACUUCAUGUUUUAUGUUCGCGGGAACCGGCGCGACUACGACAUUUGGAGGGACGAGUUCGGAGCGUACGGUUGGUCCUACGACGACGUGUUGCCGCACUUCAAGAACAUUGAAACAUCGAGAGUUCCAGGCCAUGAAGGUCCAUUUUCCAUCCCUGGAUCCAUUGAAGCUCUUGCGUUUGUUAGUACGUCGUUCGUGAAUGAAUCGAUGGAAUUCCCGGAUGCAGAGAUCGCCUUGCAGUCGCUGCCUUCCUCAGCUCUACCUUUGGAAUGCUACCUGUCAAGUACGGCUCUACGAAAAGAUGUUUACGACCAAUAUUAUUUGCCCAAUCGAGGACGGCACGGAUUUGCCCUGGCUCCUGUGAUGAACAGGCCGAAGUCUCGGGGUUAUGUGAAAUUGAGGACAGCUAACCCGUUUGACCAUCCCAUCAUCGACCCGAAGUACUUGACCCACCCAGACGACGUUAAAGCGGCAGUUGAAGCGGCCAAGAUUGCGCUGCGCCUCAUGAAGAGCGAUGCCAUGCGGGCCGUGGGAGCGAAACCUUGGAACAUCCCUCUUAAAUUGUGCCUCUCGGAAGGAGAAGUGUGGAGCGAUCCCUACCUGACCUGCCUUGUACGGCACUUGGCUCACACCACGUGGCACGCCUGCUGCACGUGUCCCAUGGGCUCGGAUGAAAGAGCCGUAGUGGACUAUAAGCUAAGGGUUCGGAGUUUGAAGAACCUGCGCGUCGUGGACGCAUCUGUCAUGCCAACGAUAGUAACUGGAAAUCUGAACGCGCCUACCAUGAUGAUUGCCGAUAAAGCAUCAGUCAUCAUUCUUCAAGAUAAUCCGUAG